AAGUGGUAUUUUGUGUUAACGAGGCUGAUUAGCAGUUGUUGGAGCAACAGGGGCAUUGAACAACAAAUAGUUCCGAAGUAAACUUAUCCAGUCUUCACUUCAUGGCACUCAUGGAUUACCCAACUUUUUUUUCUAGCUGACAACUGUGUCUAGAAUUCUAGGGCACCAACUAUUUCAGAUCAGAGGAGUGUGGAGGUUAUAUUUUUAAACAGUCAAGGGAGAAAGUAUUUGAGGUCAUGGGGAACUUAACGAGUGUCUGGUGGAUUGUGGUGGAGUGUGCCUGCAGGAUCCUUGGUGUUUCUACAGCAAUAGUAUUGUGUGCUGUGGGAUUGGAGACCCUACGACAGGGAGAAUUCAGCAGCCUUGGCAUCUACCUAAUUAAACAAAUAUUUGCAAGAAAAGACUGGGAAGGAGUCAAGGUGCAGAGGGCAGAAAAAGAAAUCAUCUUCUCUAUGGCUCGCAGCCAAACUCCCACAGAGCCACAGGAAAACUGCUCCCAAAGGACACCAGAAAUGCAUGACUGUUUAUUCCAUCGAGUAUCAUCUGUUGGCGUCAUGGUGUUUGAGCUGGCUUAUUUCCUGGAUACUGUCCUGCUCAUAUGUCUGCCCUGUCCGCCAGACUGGCAGCUCUUCAUGUUGUUGGGAAAGAUGGCUAGAAUUGGUGGAUUCCAUAAAUUUCUCUAUUACUCCAUCAUGUCACUGGUCUGCUUCUUGCACCCUAUGUUGGUGUGGCAUGCAAUUAUCCCAGGGACAAUGCUUCUGGUCACAGCCUUUUUCAACUUCAUACUGAGCAAAAAAAUAAAACCCAAGUCUCCCAAAAGGCCACAAGAAAGCUACGGUGACCAAAACCUGGCCACUGUCUGUAUAACAGGAAGGAGAGGAGGCGGACUGGCUCCCACCACCCAAGACCCCUCUCUCAGUCUAGGAGAGAGAGGAGAGAGCAUCCAGGCCAUGCUGAAUCUUGAGCAGACAGCUAAAGACACAGGCAGGGAGCAGAAGAGCUGGAAAGAGAGGAGACAGAUAUGUUUCAGAGAUAGGGAGGAGCCUGCAGAGAGCGUGAUGGAGAUGGAUGGCUACUAUGAGCUAGAACCAGACACCUCAGACACUGCACCUAUGAUUACUGACUGAGCGCCUUUCUGAUAUCACACAAUGGAAAGCAUGUGUAAUGUAUUCAUGGGGACUGGAAGCAGCUACAUAAGCUGCCCUGGGGCUGAAAAUACCUUUAUAAAAUGUCUGGCCAGUCAAAAUAAGACUUUUAAACAUGCUGUAUUUUAUGUAAUUAUGCACCUAAAAUUUAAAAAAGUAUUAGAUUUUUUUGUGAAAUGUUAUACUGAUGUGUAUAUAUUUUACAUACAAAAGAUCAAUCUCUGUGUACAACAUGAAAUAUUC